UGGUCCCUCAAGGUCAGAUAAACAGCUGUGGGGACAGACCGAUGGUACAACCGACCUAAUGCAAAAUCAAACAGUAUAGCUAUGGGCAAUUGCCUGAGAUGCAGAAAUAUCGAUUCUUCAGUUGAUGUUGGGAAUAGUGACGCACAAUUACGACUAGAAACUGAGAGACGACGUAGUCGUUUACCCCCAUAUUUUGAGAAUGAUCCAAUUAUGCAUCCUACUCCUGGUGUCUCAAGACCUAUGUCUCAGUUAACUGAAGAAGAACAAGUAAGAAUCGCCACACGUAUGGGCUUGAUUUCCACACUACCACUGUUUAAAUUCGAUGAAUCGAAGAGAGAGAAACUAUUUGAAUGUAUAAUAUGUAUGUGUGAAUAUGAAGAAGGUGAAGAACUUCGUUAUCUUCCAUGUUUACAUACAUAUCAUCGUGUAUGUAUUGACGAUUGGUUAAUGCGUGCAUUAACAUGUCCUUCAUGUUUAGAAGAGAUACGUCCUAAUUCACCAGUAAAAAUUCGUUCUAAUAUUCAUAGUCAAAAUACUAUUCAUAACAAUCAUAAUAAUAAUGAAUCAUCAGAGAAUAAUAAUAAUAAUAAUAAUGUUGUUUCACAAAGGAAUGAUAAUUCUGUGCCUAUUUCAUGUCAUCCACAACAUAAUAGUCAAUCAAUGCAUGAAUAUAAUAGAAGAACUAGUAUUACUGAACGACGUUCUAGAAAUGUACAAUCAUCAAAUGUAUAUACAAAUUCAGAAACUGUUCAACGUAUAAUUCUGGAACGGUUAAAAAGUCAGAAUAAUAAUAAUAAUAAUAAUAAUAAUAAUAAUGAUAAUAAUACUACUGUUGUUGGUGACAUAUCCGAUCGUAAUUAUAAUAUUUCUCAUAUGAUUAGACAUCGUCAGCAUCAUCAUCAACUUCAACAACAUCGACGUACACGAUCCAUUGGUCCUAGUAGAAGAUCCUAUUCUAUGAAUGCAUUCAAUGUAACAUUGCCUUAUGGUUAUCGUCGUGGUAACAGUGUUACAGCAAUUGAUAUGCUUAAUUCUGUUAUACAAACAACUGAUGAUAAUACAUAUUCAAUAAAUAAUAAUUAUAUUUAACCAUGAAUUUUCCAGGUUUAAAGAAUGCAUAUAAUACUUCCUUAUUAUUAUUAUUCUCAAUUAUCAAAACAAUACGAAUGGAUGAAUAUUCUAAAUAAAUCUAAGGUAAGUGUUUAUUUCUAUCGAUACUGUUAAGCUAAUUUUCAAAGUAUAUAGCAUAUAGAGUUGAUGACUAACGGUAGAAGGAUGGAUGUACUUGCAUUCCAGAGUUAACAUUCACUUAGGAACUUAAACCCAGUACACCUCACUUCAAACACGAUCAUAUUAUCUAUUUAGCUACUGAAUCCAGUUCAGAUAGCUGCAGACUUGUGCAAUGUUGUGAAUUCUCAUAUAUAUGAAUUGGUUGUUUGGAUUUUUUCAUUAAUGUUUAAGACUGUGAUUGAUCAGUCUCUUCUCACAUAUGUGCAUCCCAUAAGAAUUGACUUGAUAUUGUCACUUAACCACAAGUAUCCUUAAGCAAAGAGGAUUGGAAACAAUAAAUACAAAUGAAUUAGACUAAAUUCCCUUUCACGAGCUAGUCGGCUAUCAGAACUCAGUAGAUAAGUGGAUAAUGCGAUGAUGUUUGAGGCGAACAGUACUAGAUUCGAGUUUUGGAGUGAACAUCAGCUUUGGGAUUCAUGUAUAUCUGGUGUAUGAGUUUCGAAUAGGGUGAAAUAGACGUCCAGGAUUCCACUGCUAGCUACCAUCCAUGUCUACUUAAAUGUUUGUGACUUGAUAGUAGUAUCGAGGCAGUCCUCACAGAAGAGACUGAUCAAUUACAGUUGUAAUCGUCAAUGAGAAGAUUCAAAUAACCUAUAUAUAUGAAAUGUAUAACAUAUGUAGUGUAAAGGAAACUAAUAUCUAGCCUACUAUGAUAUGAUAAUUUUUGACGAUUAAAAAUUUUUUGAAUUAGAAUCAUUGGAAUACUAAUUUUUUACUGUAUUUAUUUAUUUAAACACAUAAACAUUGGUACAACGAGGUGCCAGACAGAUGUGCGCUACAUAAAUCAUUGGAUUUAUGUGAAGGCUGGCAUACUGACCUUGUGCCUAAACCGAAGCAGACGGUUCUCUUAGGGGGCGACGCUCCGAGCCUUUGACCUUAAGGUCUAAUCCACAAGGCAAUGGAACAACAUCAGGGGAUGCAAUCGCAUGGUAGCCGGUGACCAACAAUCGGUUCAUACGGCGUUUGUUUUCUUAGGACCCUGAAGGCAGUGUGCACUAUUGGUUUGGAACCAGGGUUUUCCAACUACCCUAGGUAGAUCCUCCGUAUCCACCAACCCGUUCAGUUACCCGGACAUUCGCUUUUAGUUUUUCAAAUUUCGUAAACAACAGUAAUGCAACGAGAAAGCAGUGAGUAGGACAGUACUUGUUAAUGUUAAGCAACGUUGUUUAAUCUAAUAUUUUCAGACAUUUUUCUUCACUCAACUAGUUCCCAACUCCGAAAUUGACAUGGUCAAAGUGUAAAUAUAUUCCAAAGCAAAAUAAUAAAUUCAGUAAAUGAACAAAAUGUUAGUUUAUAUACAAAAUUUACAUAAGAAUAUUCGAGAGUUUGAAGAAAGCUAAAACAAUAAUCAAGCUAUAAUGAUAUGAUGUCAUUCAAUUUCAUAUUUUCUCAAUUGUGUUUGUAUGAAUUUGUCACAUUGGAAUAUGAUGUAAUACGAACUAAUCUAUAGUGAUAACGAAAACAAUUAAACUAACAAUGGUUAUUAGUACCAGCUAUAUAUAUAUCAGCUAGUUACAACGUAGGACCAGGCACAUAUGUGCAUCGGUCCAAGUUACCACACCUCAUUAGUACAGCAGGAUGAACACCAGAUUCAUAGGAGCAGUUAACUCAUUGGUGUAAUAAAUAAAGGAAAGAUUUUAUGUAAGGAUAUAGUACAGCAAGAAAGAUAUGAAAUAAUUUUAAUCCCUAACCCAUUGUGAUCGAUUCUGAGCCAUGUCACCCAAAGUGUCCAACCAUAGGUUACAAUAGUCACACGGACCCCAACCAAGUAGUCUGCAUCUACCAACAUGGCUCAGACUACAAGUUAGUGACUUCAAACACUGAUACCACGUUUUGGUUUAGCCACCCCUAACCUUUUUACAACCAUCUCCAACACUAGUCACCAUUGCACGUCGUGGUAAUCAGUGUUCGAGCAUAAAUAACACAUAGCCCAACAAAUUUAAGGUCAGUUUAAGGUAGAAUUAUUUUAUUGCACUAAACUAAUUGUUACUUCAGUUAUACUUAAACUAUACUUUCAUUCAUUUGUAUUGAUUUUAUUUUACCCGCUCAAUUCUCUAAACUUAUGGUCAACUCAUCAAAUCUUGCAUGAUUAUUAUGUAACCCAUUUUAUCAAUUUCGUAAUCUAGAUAAUUGCCAUCCUAUUGCUCUAUGUCUUCUCAUGAUGUUAUUCAUUAUCUAUUUAAACAUGUAAACAUUUAUACAAGGAGGCACUAAGUAAUUUGUUCACCCAUUUUCCUUUAGGGUUAUCACUCAACACAUUUGUUUUUCUGUAGCUAUUCACCAGAUGAAUUAGUAAUCAACAUUUAGCCAAGGAAAUAGAGCAUAAGUAAGUUGUAACUGUGAGAAAAAAAUAGUCUCUGUUUAUUAGUCUAUAAUUUAGUGGUGAUUCACUAAAGGAAAUGCUAAAGUUGAACAGAGUAAUUCAAAGAACAUUUAAUGCAGGGUAACUACAAUUAUUGUUUUCUAUAAUCACUUCAAGAUUGAUUUAUAAAUUACCGAGAUUAUCCACUUUUUUUUGUAUCUAUCAAUUCAACUACUCUUGUUGAGCGAAUCAUGUUGGGAGAAGUUCCAGGAAUUUGUAUAUUUUCGUGCUCGUGAGAACUUCCUAAUGUGGCUAAGUAAAUGCAUAGUAAAAUUGUUAGCUGUUAUUUAGAUGGUCGUUGGAAGGUAGUCAACAGGAAACCCUGGAUCCGGGUUUCGUGCUACUUGGCACUCGUCAGCAAGGUGUACCUGUAAUCUUGAGGGAACUGGUGCUCCCUGACGGAUUCGAUCUCGUGUCACCCAGCUUCACAGUCAGAGACGGUACCACUAAGCUAACCGGGCAGUGACCUCAUUCAGUAUAAUCAGGCUAUAAACCCAACAUGAACCAAAGAUUUACAAUAAUAUAUCGUGUUAACAGCUAUUUCUUUAGAGCUAUCAGGUCAAGCAUCGAAAAUGCGAAUAUUUACUCUUCUCUCUGUUUUCCAUUGUAUUUUCUAUGGUACGUACACGUGAAUUCGUAAAUGCAGUUGGAGGUACUAAGGAAAGAUGACCUGUUGAGUUUUGUUUAUAUGAAGGAGGAAUUCGUUUCGUACAAAGUCAUUAUUCAUUCCAGCAUAAUUAUUCUGCUUUCUCUUUUAAUCUAUGAUCGAUAAACUUUCAAUUCGUAAAACUGUGAUAUUUCAAAUGAUCUUCAACAAAGUGGUUAGUUUUUGAUGUAAACAUUAGAUAUUGCACUCAAUGAUCACUAUUUUCUUUGUGUAUAUAUAGUCACAGUAUUAUUGGCAAUGUGUAACGGGAAGAACUGAAUUUUUAUUCUCUAAUCUUAUACAUAAUAAAUAAGGGUGAACUCAGAUUGUAGCAUCAAAGUUUUGACAUUUUUAACAGGAUUCCUUUUUCUCAACUAUGUGACUUUAUGAAAUUAAAAAUACACUAAUAUACACCAUCUAACAAGAUCAUGACAGGUAAUUGGCUUAUAUUCGAUAUAGACUAAUCACAGUUAUGAUACUACGAGGUAGACAGCUGUUUCACCCCUAGUAUGAUACUCUUAAGCAUUAUAAACCGGUGAUCCGUCCUGGGAUCGAACUGUGAACCUUCAUAUUCUCUUGAUGAAUAUUUCACUGUUAGAACCACUUGAUCGACAUUUCCUGAUACAAACUCAACUUCAAUCAAUUUGCGUUAUAACAUGAUCAUCAUCCAAUACACAUACCAUCAUGACAACUGUUUGAUCCUCAAAAAAAUCUUUGUAGGUGUUCCCUACUGAGAGAAGCCUCAUACUAGGGUGAAACAUUUGUUCAAUGCAUUCUGGUUUCCAAUAGUACUUCAUCUGGAAUUAAUCUAUCGAAUACAAUCUGCAUAUAUACUAGAUUGGGAAUCACAUUAUUAAAUCAUUGAAUAACUAUUUAUAUAGUUUUAAUCUAAUUAAAAUAAACUAGUCCUUCAUUUCCUUGAAAUGUGUACAGUUAUAAUCAUUCAAUGAAACAUUUGGGAAUGAUCACUUGUUCUGACCACUUUCUAUUCCCUUCGUCUUCUUCGUCUUCUCCUUCCCCCUCCCCCUCUUUCAUCAAUAUCUAUUCAUUUCCAGUAAAGAAAAACAAAACAAACUUAGCAGCAAUGACAUAUUCAAUUGGCUUUCAAUCUAUUAUUUUAUGCUUAUUUUUGUGUAAACCUUUUUAUUAUUAUUAUUCGAUUUGGAGUAAUAGUGCAUUGGCACUGUUGAUUCCCCCCUUUUUUUGUUUGUUUGUUUGUAUUUUUCCAACAACAACAAAUGGCUUUGUUUUUCAUCCAUAGAAAGUUUUUGUUUUCAUAAUCAACAUUACUUCUUGUUAUUAUUAUUGUUGUUGUUGCUGUAUGGCUUCUCUUUUUUGUCAAAUGAUUUCGAACAUGUUGUAUGCUUUUCAAUAUUCUUAGUAUCCAUUUGUAUUUUGUUUCCAUAUAUAUAUAUAUCUGUUACCGGUGUAUAUGUAUGUAUGUAUCUAUGCGUGUGUAUGUACGUAUGUAUGUAUGUAUGUAUGUAUUUAUAGGUGUAUGUUCUAUUCAAUACUAUUCACUGCCUACAUCAUGCACAAUUAUUGUGAUUAUUCUAUUUACCACCACCCCCUAGCCUUCUGUUUUCUUUCAAGGAUGUUUUUUCUCGUUGUUUUUUUCUCUUUCAUAUGACAACUGAACAAAAACUCUAGUCGAUUUUUUUUUCUAAACAAAAAACAAAAUUAUGCCUUUUCUCAUUCAUUUUAAAAUAGACAACAACAACGACAAUAGACUUAUUCUCUAUUUUGUUUGUUUGUUUGUAUUUCUUGACUCUUUUUUUACAACUUGUAUUUGGUUUUUUUUUUGUCAAGCGCUAAAAGUUCCGUUUUUUGUUUUGUUUUACUUAUUGAUUAUUAUUCAACGUAUCAUUUAUGAUUGCACACACACACACACACACACAGAAACACACUAAGCUAUAUGUAAAUUCAUAAUUGUUUUAUACAUAUUAUAAAUGUAUUCAAUGUUUCAAUAAUAAUGUACAUGGAUACAGAUUUAGUGUUUGUUGAAUGUCCUUUUUGUAUAGAGAUAGAUAGAUAACCUUUUUGUUUUGAUACAUGUAUACUUAGUUACUUAUUUAUCUCUCUUUGUGUGUAUAGAUUUUCAGCUAUGUGCUAAAUUACUAUUAUUAUUAUGGUAUGUUUCUAAUGUCCUUCUCCCUCUCUCUCUCUCUCCACCCCCUCUCUUGCUCUAUCUGUUUGCCAAGUAUCCCACUGUUGUCUUUUUUGGUGCUAAUUUCUAUUGUUUAUGGAAUAGAUUCUCUUUUCUUGUUGUCGUUGUUGCUGUGGUUGUUUCAAUUCUAUCACUGAAUGUUUCUUCUCAUUUUCUCUUACUGUUUCUUAUUUGUAUUUGUUCUGUUAUAUUCUCUUCACUUUAGGAAGAUACAAGAUGAAAUACUAAUUAUGUAAUCUAUCUAGGCUGAAUGAAUGUGUAAUUCGUUUUUUUUGUUUUGUUUUGGAACUCAUAUGCUAUUCAAGUGAAUCAGAUCUGUAGAUUGUUCUUUACCCCGGUUUUCUUAUGCGAAAAAGAAAAAAAAAUUUUCUCAUACCUUUCUAUGCUACUUGUUUGUUUUGUUUCGUCUUUGUCUUGCUUAUUAGGUUAGUUAUUUUAAGCUUCAUAAUAAUGACAAGAGCAACAACAACAAACGGAUCGUUUUUUUUGGCCAGUUUAUGCCUAUUUGUUUUCUGACAAUUUUUUUUUUAAUUUUAAUAAUAUAACUUCUCUAAGGAGAUACGUUUUGGAGUUUUCUUGUAUCGACUUCUUUUUUUUUUAAUGGGUAUUGAAUAAUGUAAUCACUUAGCAGAUUAUAGAGUCUGAAAUAACCGAGUAAAGCAAAUGUAAAUAAAAAGUGAUAUUCACUAGAAGAAACUUGACUAUAGAACAAAAAUUGUAUUUUUGAAUUUUUAAGCAAAAAUGAAUAGGGACUAACAAUGGAAUCCAGUUUGACGCGCGUUUCGUCCUAUUUGGGACUCGUCAGAUGGAUAUGCCUACAUCUCAGUGUUGAUGUUCACUCUGAAACUUGAACCCAAUACCGUUCACUUCAAACGUCAUCACAUUAUCCACUUAGCUACUGAGUCCUUAUAGCCAUCUGCUUGUGCAAUGAGGUAAAGUUACAAGUAAAACAACACCAAGUGUAUUUUUGACUGUUCGCUGCAUAGGUGUU